CUCCACAGAACUGAAGGAGCUCAGUCUGGUCCGGUGUGAGAUCCCUCCGGGCUUCCCAGCUGAAGCCAAACACCCCGCGCGGCCAGGAGCGAGGAUGGAGUGGCUGGUGUUGAGGAGGCUCUUCUGUCAUCUGUCUACCUUCCAACUGAUUUGGUUCUUGGCUGCCAUGAUGUUUUGCAGGGCACAAGUGGAGACCCAAGAUGUAAGAGAGUUGCUGAACGCACCUGCUUCUUUAAGAUGCUCUCUGCAAAAUCCCCAGGAAGUUUUGAUUGUGACAUGGCAAAAAAUCAAGGCUGUAAGCCCAGAAAACAUGAUCACCUUUAGCCAGAACCAUGGGGUUGUAGUCCAGCCUGCCUAUAAGGACAAGAUAAACAUCACCCAGCUGGGACUCACGAACUCAACCAUUACCUUCUGGAAUACCACCUUGGAAGAUGAAGGGUGUUACAAGUGCCUCUUCAAUACCUUUGGUUCUGGGAAGAUCUCAGGAAUAGCCUGCCUCACUCUCUUUGUACAGCCCACAGUAUUCCUUCACUAUAAACUAUCUGAAGACCACCUAAAUAUCACUUGCUCUGCCAAUGCUCGCCCAGCCCCUAUGAUCUCCUGGAAGGUCUCUGGGUCAGAGAUUGAGAACAGUACUGAGAUUCUCUCACACCCCAAUGGGACAACGUCUGUCACCAGCAUCCUCCAGAUCAAAGACCCCAAGAGUCAGGUGGGGAAGGAGGUGAUCUGCCAGGUACUGCACCUGGGGACUGUGACCGACUACAGGGAAACUGUGAACAAAGGCUUUUGGUUUUCAGUUCCACUACUGUUAAGUAUUGUUUCCUUGGUAAUUCUUCUGGUCUUAAUUUCAAUCCUACUAUACUGGAAACAUCGUCGGAACCAAGACCGAGAGCCAUAGAGGAGUCACACAGAACCCUGAAAGUUAUUCCCUGGUCUACUUGAAUCUGACUCAGGAGGCAAGCAGGAGAAAGAGGGUCAUUCUUCAAGGAACCUAAAAGAGCAAAAGAAAUUGGAGUCAAAGGCGUAAGAAUUUCAAGACUUUCUACUGCCAUCUAGGCUACCCAAUGCUUCUGUGAGUUCCAAGAGGAAGUCAUUUUACCUCUCAGGUCUGUUGUAGGACUUGAUUUUGUAAAACAAUGCCAUGUUGUGCUGUUGAAAGGGUACUGGACUUAGAAUCAGGAGCCACCACUCAGAGACUGACUUUGACUCCGACUGGUGUCAACUCUAUGUUAAUCACUAUCUCAAUGAGCUUCCACAUUUGCAUACAGAAAAUUAAGGAUUUGGACCAAAUAAUUUGCCAUUCUGCUCCAAAAAUGGCUGUAAUUCCAGGAAAAAAAAAAAAAGGAAUAAACAAAGAGAAAAGAAAUGAAAAAGAGAGAGAAGAAUACAGGAAGGUAGGGACCAAAGAACUUUUCUGAGACUACCUUUUGCCUUUCUGUGGCUAUUCCACCUCUUCUUCCCUUCUUCUUUGGUCUGUUAAGUCUAUUUCCUCAUCACUUGGUAUCUAGUCCACCACCUGCUUACUGUUUUGCUAAUAACUGGUCUUUCUAGAACCCUCAGUUUCACUGCUAUUCUUCAUGUACUUCUGUGAUAUUAACCACAGUGGAAGCAGAACUGAAUUUAUUGUGAAGUAACAUUGGCAACCUUAGCUUUACUUAUCUGUUUUUAUAGCAGACUAAAUAUUAUUAGUCUCAGCAGCUCACAUUUUUAAAAAGGCAUGCAUUUCUCAUCCAUUUGUUUCAUAAUAUAACCCAGGCCUAUUUUAGUCAUUCUAAAUUCAGCCUAGUAUAAUGAAGACAUAUUUAGAAAAUACGGCAUUUAGAAAGUUUCCUGAAUAGCAGUCAGCUAAUUCAAAUGCUUUGUCUCUCCCAGCUUCUUUUCUCAUGAGUUAACUUCUCACAAUAGCAGAGGAAGCAUGUAUGGGUGUACAAAUCCCUUUGUUGUAAAUAUAUGGUUCUAACUAGUGGAACAAUUUUGAACUCUUAAAUAAUCAUACGACCAAGUUGAUGACUUUUUCAGUAUCUUUUGCCUUCUUGUCUCUAUCCAGUGACCUAGGAACUAAAAACUAAAACUUAAGUUGUUUUCACUGUUGAAUUGAAUAUUUAUAUAUUUAGUAAGGUUUUCGUAUGUUAUUUAAUUCUGUAUUAUUUCGUAUAUUUGUAUUAAUAUACUGAAUAAUUAAAAGUGUCAACUCUAAAUAUUUGGUUCAUGAUAUUCUCAUAGGGAAUGUGGAAAAUGUGGGCAUUAAUGAUAAUCUGUAUAUUUUUCCUCUGUGUGUGAAAUCCUCCCCUCUAUCUCUUAUCCCCUAAAAGAUGCUGCUGGCAUUUAUGAUUUGUCACAACGUCACAGAUCAGAUGUUCUUGAUCUGACCAGUGAAAGCUGCUUCAUGUUGGUGCCUGUGUCCUUUUGAUAUGACCCGGUCAAUUUUGGAGUACUUCCUUAUAUGUGCUGUUUUGAUUUUGCUUUUUUGUUUGUUUGUUUGGGGAUUUUUUUAAAUUUAAUUUAAUUUAUUUAUUUUUAUACAGCAGGCUCUUAUUAGUUAUCUAUUUUAUACAUAUUAGUAUAUAGAUGUCAAUCUGAUUUUGCUUUUAGAUACCAACCUUUGCAAAUGGAUUAGCUCACACAGUUUUGAAUUUAGUAGGAAUUAUCAUCCUGCUUCUGGUUUUGCUGUUUUUUCUGGUAUCUCAGCUGCCAGAUCAGACAGGGUAAAUUAAAGCAGCAGUUCUCAAACAUUUAAAGGUCUCAGGACCCCUUUACACACAUAAAAACAUUAUUGAGGACCCCAAAGAGCUUUCUUGUAAAGCGAAUUAUGUCUGUUGAUAUUUACCAUAUUUGAGUUUAAACUGAUAAACUUUAAAAACAAAAAUCUACAAACAUGCAUUUCAUUAGUCAUCAGAGUGAUAGCAACAUCACACAUCAGGUAGCUUCUGGAAAGCUCCGCAGCACACUUGCGAGACAAUGAAAAUAAGGAAUUGAUGUGAUUAUGACAGUAGUUUUGACUUUGUGGAACCCCGGAAAUGGUCUCAAGGACAAUUUUGAGGACUGCUCACUUAACGUAUAGGCAAAGAAGGAGACCAUCUUAUGAGAUUUCAUGAGUCUCUCCCAAAGUCUCUCCUUUAUGAAACAGCUAUCUUCACAGUGCCUAAGCAUUCCACCAUUCCACCAUAAUUUUAGUUAGGCCAUUAUCUUUCUGGGAGUUCCGCUUAAAGUGCAGAGAGGCCUAGGUCUACUCCUUCUUCCUCACUAGCAAUUCAACUUAAAUUGGCUUAUUAAAUGGCUUAUCAGUUACCUUGCAGGGUAUUGAGAGACUUGGACUUAGAAUAGGUAGGUUUUGAUGGGAAAGACUUGGGAGGGUCAUAGAGAGCAAAGAGAGGAGGUGGAAGGUGUGACUCAGAGCACAUGGCUCUGUCUGACAAGGCAGAUCCCUGGGUAGCACCAGUCUUGCCUUGUGACUCCUGCCCUCUCACCCCUGGGAGGGUCUUACCAACUGCCCCUUACUCAUCCUGAACCUUUCAAUUAGGGGAGUUUCUUCCGAAUCUAUGAAUUGGAAAGAGACAGUUUGGGCUUUGUAUGCUUCAGCAAGGUUGGGAAAGUUGUAAAUAUUUGAGUCACUUUGAAUAACUCAGUCACAAAGUUUUCUUGGCAGUAAAAAUUUAGAAACUUCCCAGGGUGGUGGUAAAUGAGCUCAGAGAUAAGGGAAACCAAAAGAAGUUUUUUUGUGCUUAAAUAGAACCAAAACUGAAGGUGAAGAUUUGGGGGGAGUGGUUGGAAUUUAUUAACCACCAACUAGGUAACAUUUCAUAAAUACAAGUUCAAAGAGUACAAAAUCCCAUAGUAUGACUACGGAUUAUGAGGCUUUGGUUAAAAUAGUUCUCUUGGACCAACUUUCUUCUAUGGUUAUUUAGCUCGUCAAGAAAGAGAUUUAACUUUCUAAAAAUAAAGCUUCCUAAAGUAAUUCUUCACAACUGUAAUGUUUUUGUUUUUUAUAUUUGCUCUCAAAAUGUUCCAGAUAGGACUUCAGUCUCCCUACCACAGUCACUUAGGCUAAGAAACUUGGACAGGGUCACAGAGAGCUGUGAUUCAAUUGUAAGCAAGCCAACUUUUGCAUAGACAUCAUAUUCAUUUGAGCCUUGUGAGGUCGGGAAGGUUUUUAAGCCCAUCUUUAUAGGUGUGAAAAAUGAAGCCUUAAGCUUUUCAGUGACUUUCUUUGGGUAACACUGAAAGCAUGACAUGGGACUAAAACUCCAACUCAGAAUCUCAGACUUCCUGCCCAGUGCUCUCUCUGUUCCCUCCACUCUUACUGUCAUUCAUCCCAAAUCCUACUUGUCAGUAUAUCCUAUUUGCUCUAUCAAUAUAUUUAGAAUCCAACUCUUACCCCCAAUCUUACCACCUGGCCCAAACCAUCAUUAUCUUUCUCCCAGAUUGUUGACAUAGUUUUCUAAUUAAUCUCCCUGCUUCUGCUUUCUCCCCUUUCUAGUCUCUUCUCACAUCUGUUUUAAAAUAUAGGUCAAGACAAAUCGUGUCAUUCUUUUUCACAAAAUCUCCAAGUGCUUCCUAUCUUAUUUAGAGGAGAAGCCAAGGUCUUUACGUGGGCUGUAUGGCGGUACAUGAUUGGGCUCCCUGAUACUCUCUGAAAUCACUUCCUGCUGCUCUUUCUCCUGUUCAUGCUCUGCCAGCCACACUAGCCUCCUUGCUGUUUCACUAUUAUUCAGACAGGCUUCCACCACAGGACCUUGGCACUUACUUUUCUCUCUGCCUGGAAUGUUCUUCCCAAAGGUGGCCACAUAAGCCUUUUCCCCAACAAACCCUUUCUGUCUCCCUCUCCUUCAUUUUUCUCCCUUGCAUCCAUCAAAAUCUAGCAUGCUACAUACUUUACUUGUUUAUUUUAUUAUCUGUCUCUUUCCAAUAGAUUGUAAGCUUCAUAAGGGCAGAGGUUUUUAAAUCUGUUGGCUUGCUUGCUUGCUUUUCCCUAGCAUCUAGUAUAAGCAGUCAAGCAGUAUUUCUUGAACAAAUCAAUUUUAUGCCAAUACAUUAUGGGAGGGAGGAGUAGUUCAAACAGCUUUGUACUGGAGCAUCUCUCCUUCAAUGUGGGAGAGUAUGAUUGAACUAGAGAGUAGAAAAGGACUUUUAGAAAUUGUUGGUCAUAAGGCAUAGAGACAAGCAUCAUGGAUUUAGAACCAAAAGAAUGGGGUUUAAGUUCCAUCCCUGAUAUUUAGUAAUGUGUUGACCUUGGACCAGUCAUUUAAUCUCUCUGAAUUUACAUGACCUCAAUUUUAAAUUGCGUGUGCACCAAGUCUGUCUUCUGUAAAGGUUCAAGUAUGAAGGGGUAUAGCUCCCAACAUGCGCAAGUUUAUGUGCUGAGGCGUAUCUGCCCUGUGACCUCAAAACCCCCACUGAAACAACACAGGCCUCAUGUCCUUCCCAGUUCUUUCUCACAGUCAGCCCCACCCUUGUCCAGAAGUGGAUGUGGGGUUGAGGUGGAGAUAGGAGUGCUGGCAGUGGGAGCUUCCUUCUGGAUGAACAGAGAGAAAACCUACUGGUCUUUGUAUUAGGGACCCUAAUACAUCAUCUAGGAUGAUUUGGCCUUUCCUUGUGCUGAGGAUAGGACCAAAGGAAUAAAGCACACAAAAGUUAGCAAGAAGGUGCUGUCUGCAAACCAGGAAGAGGGACCUUCCAGAAUCCGACCAUGCCGGCACCCUAUAAAAACAAACCCAAACCAAAAAAAUCCCACAAAAGUUAAAGUCCUUUCUAUUGAGCAUCAGCUUCUGAAUACAGUUUUGCCACCUUGCUCCAGAGUAUUAACAGCCACCACCUGCCAUAAGAGAUGGCAGAGAGCUCUCCAAACACUUAAAGAGGAUGCAAAAAUUGAUACCGCUGAAAGCUCUCCCUAGAAUUAUGUUGCUUUACCAGAUUUGAUAAUAUGUCAUGAUAGAAGGACCUUACCAGAAUUUGAAAGGUUCCAGAGAAUUCAACAGAUACUUAGGUACUUUUCACCUAAAUCAUAUUAGCCUAGAGAGUGGAGCACUCAACUCAAAGAGUUGGAACUCAAAAGGAGAGUUGUGUUUUUCUGGAAGUAGCUUUCACUUUCUAGUCCAACAGCAAAAGGCACUGAAGACCAACUGCUCAGAUGAUGCAUUUCAAAUACCACAUGAUUCUGGAUCUGUCAUUGCUGUUUAGCUUUGUAUAUAAUUCCCUUAACUUGUACACACAUUGGUUUCCCUUCUUAUAAAUCAAAGACAAUAUUGUAAAUAUCUCAUAUAAAAAUAAGUCAGAUGAUGUCUUUAA